AUGGGUAAUGCCGUAGGGAUGCAAGUUCUGGGCGCCCCGUACGCACUGGAGACAGAGCAGCUGAACCACGGCCUCCCGCAACUGGUGCUACGGCGACCGCUCGAGCAGGUGCCAGAGGUCCCCACCAGGACAAAACUCCACGACGACACACCACGUGCCCCAAGCGUCGAGCAACUUGCUGCGAAACUGCACGGCAUUGGCGUGUGGGGGGAGCGUCACGAGUCGCGAGAUGAUGCGGCGCUCGCUCCAGGGGUUCGCAGUCGGAAGCGGUCGGCAAAACAAGAGCAGUAUUAA